AAUAGCACAGUCCACUUCAAAGAAAACACUGCAAAGUCCCCACAAGUCUGGAAUGUGGCUAUUAUGUGGAUAGAACAUGCAGCUGGUGAGGAUCGCUCCUCCAAACCCCAUCAAAUGUUUGUGCCAGCCUUUUACAUUCUGUGGGGAGGACAUGAAGAAUGCAGCAUACCAGCUGUAAUCACUGUUUUGCUUUCAACCAAAACCUUGGUUGACUCCGCCAGUUUCUUCAAUUUGUGUCUGCAUCAUAAAAUAAAAAGCAUGUCUGACAUUCUGGGCACGUCUUUAUACUAUAUGUUGUGUAACGGAAUACCUGAGGUCAGAGCAAUAUGUGUAUAUGUGCCUGUCUGAGAUUCUGCGUGUGUGUGUGUGUGUGUGUGUGUGUGUGUGUGUUUUGUAUUGCCUCUCCUCCUUGUCUCCCAUCUGGUCUCCAUUAGAGCUGGGAGUAUAAAACACAGAGAGAAAACUGUAGAGCAGACAGUCUUCCACACUUAUUCUCUCUCACAAACACACUCUCUUGUAGCAAUGAAUACAGUAUUGUGGGUUUUUCUGCUGUGUAUGCCAGGCUACCUGAUAACACACACUCUAGACUGUGCAGAUGGGGACAUGGAUUGCGACAGUGGCCUGGGUGAAAGGGUAAAGUUAAGGUUUUUGAGGCAGACAAACUCAGACCAUGAGAGAGGAGCUCAACAGAGCCAAGCCAACCUACCAGGAGCCUUUACAGCCAAGGGUUUCCCCAACACUCUAAUUCAGGCUGACAGAUCAAGGCGUCAUCUGAACAGAAGACCACUGCCUCCUAGGUCACGAGUGGGCAGUUAUUCACUGCUCAGUCACAAAACUAUGAGUCCUCUGCAAGUUGUGAGAGCUCGAAGGCAUGCUGGGGUUGCUGCUGAUCCAGCCAUGCCUUCUAGAAUGACAGUGAAGCAGAGGCCCAGAAGUGUGACCAGGAAGACGAACACAAAAGUUGCAGUCUGCUCAUGAGACGGGAUGUUCGUAGGGAGAAAGUCAAAAGAAUCCAAAGGCAAAUAUAGGGAUGCAUAUAUUUAGAUAAUCUAUAUUUUGUCCAUCUGUUCACUUAUGUGCUGUCAUUUAAGGUGUUUCUUGAUGGUGUUUUAUGCUUUAAAGUAAUUAAAAAAUAGUGGAGA